GGGGUGCGGGGCCGAGGGGCAGGCGCUGACAGCCGCUUUCCCCGCACCCACAGUCCCCUCCCCCGGUGCCGCCGUGGGGUGGGACUCCCCGGCGGGCCACUGUCUGCCGUCCUGCUACCCUUACCCACCGUCGGUGCUGGGCCGGGCUCCCCCACCCGACGGCGCGUCCCCGGGACAGCGGCUCCUUCCGGGACGAUGCCCCGGCGGCUCGGCGGGGGCUGGCCGGUGGCUCCAAACCUCGUCCCGGCCGCCGCUGUCCUCCUGGGCGCGCUCUGCUUCCCCGGGGCGCUGGCCUCCUCCCUGCUCACAGGAUCUGUUGCAAAAUGUGAAAAUGAAGGGGAAAUUCUGCAGAUACCGUUUAUCACAGACAACCCCUGUAUAAUGUGUGUUUGCCUGAAUAAGGAAGUGACAUGCAAAAGGGAGAAGUGUCCAGUGCUCUCCAAGGACUGUGCUCUCGUCAUUAAGCAGAGAGGAGCUUGCUGUGAGCGUUGCAAAGAUUGCAGUUUUGGAGGAAAUACAUACAACAGCUCUAUGAAAUGGCACCACCCCAGCAAUCCCUGUGUUACAUACCAGUGCCAGGAAGGAGUGAUAGUAGAGUCGGAGGUACAAUGUGUUGUCCCUUGCAAAAAUCCUACCAAACUCAUGGGAAUGUGUUGUCCUGUGUGUCCAGGUUGUAUAUUUGAAGGGAGACUUUACAAUGAAGGAGAAGAAUUUAGGCCUGAAGGAAAUAAAUGUACCAAGUGCUCUUGUAUUGGUGGCCGGACACAGUGCAUCCGAGAAGUCUGCCCCAUUCUCUCAUGUCCCCAGCACCUCAGUCACAUUCCUGCUGGACAGUGUUGCCCCAAAUGCUUAGGACAGAGGAAAGUGUUUGACCUCCCAUUUGGAAGCUGUCUCUUUCACAGCAACGUGUAUGAUAAUGGGUCUUCAUUUAUUUAUGACAACUGCACAGUGUGUACAUGCAAGGAUUCAACAGUGAUAUGUAAGAAGAGGUGCUUACUUCCUGGUGAAUGCAAUAAAAACAAAGACCACUGCUGCAAGGAGUGUGUCUCGUAUCUCUCUCCUGAGGAAGUGAGUGUGUGCAAGUUUGGCAACAAGAUCUUCCAGGAUGGAGAGAUGUGGUCCUCUGUGAACUGCACCAUCUGUGCUUGUGUAAAAGGCAAGACGGAGUGUCGCAAGAAGCAGUGCAUUCCAGUCAGCAGCUGUCCUCAUGGUAAAAUCCUGAACAGGAAAGGAUGCUGUCCUAUUUGCACUGAAAAGCCUGGCGUUUGCACUGUAUUUGGAGACCCUCACUACAACACUUUUGAUGGACGGACAUUUAACUUUCAGGGAACAUGUCAGUACGUUUUGACGAAAGACUGCUCCUCCUCUGCCUCGCCCUUUCAGGUGCUGGUAAAAAACGAUGCCCGGCGGACCCGUUCUUUCUCCUGGACAAAGUCAGUGGACCUUAUGUUGGGCAGAAGCACUAUCAGCCUCCAGCAGCACCUCACAGUGAAGUGGAAUGGGACCCGCAUCUCCCUACCUUGCGAGACACCACAAUUUCAGAUCGAUCUGGAUGGUUAUUUGUUGAAAGUGACAACCAAAGCAGGCUUGGAAAUCUCAUGGGAUGGAGACAGCUUUGUGGAAGUCAUGGCUGCGCCUCAUCUGAAGGGCAAACUCUGUGGUCUGUGUGGCAACUACAAUGGGCACAAGCGAGAUGACCUGAUCGGGGGUGACGGGAACUUUAAGUUUGAUGUGGAUGACUUUGCUGAGUCCUGGCGUGUGGAGUCCAAUGAGUUCUGCAGCCGCCCGCAGAGAAAACCUCUGCCUGAGCUCUGUCAUGGGACGGUUAGGGUGAAACUCCGAGCCCAUCGGGAAUGCCAGAAACUCAAAGCGUGGGAGUUCCAGAGCUGUCAUUCAACGGUGGAUUAUACCACAUUUUACCGGAAGGGUUUGCUCCUGCUCAUGGCUAGCAUUUCUCUUUAAAGACUGCUGGUGCACAUCAGCCUUUGUAUUUAGGCAAGUAAGUGGCUGUGCCCAAACAACACAGUGAAAGUUAAGUUUGUCAUGAAGGAGAACAAAGCAUGGCUCCAUCUGGUCAAGUCAUCUCAUCCCACCUCACCGAGAAAGAGGUCAUUCCGACUUUGUAACAUCCAUGUGGGUUCCUGUGGCUCCUAGGCCAGGCUUAUAUGUUGUGGAGUCGCUAUGUCUAGCACAGGAAAUUUUAAUGCGUAGCAUUUUAAUUAAGGAAGCUUGAACUGAAUGUUUUGUUGUGUGCUCAAGGAGUCUGAAUCCUUCAAAGCCUUGAAGUACAGAACUGCAAAAAAAUAAAAAAGGCUGAUGACAGUUCUGAGUCUUGGCUCCUCUGCUGUCAGUAGGAAAAUCCCCAUCCAUUUCACUGGAGCCAGUGUUUCAUCCACUGUGUUUUCAGGCUCUGUACAGUGGUUUGCAAAUGAGAUCUUGCAGUCAGGAAGGUUAAAGAACUGUGGUAGCAUGCAGAACAUGUCUUAUCCAGAGCUUUCUGCAUACAAAGUAGCAGGCUAAGUCAAACUGACCAGAGACCAGAAACCAGGUCUCUGCCUCCUGACCGAGUCCUGUGUCACUAUCAAACUGUUAUGUUCACCCUUUCUAUUGAAUAUUGUAUGGGACCAUGGCAGCACUGCUGCUGUUUUAAGAUAACUGUUCUUGGUGGGUAGGAGGACCUCUCUGUCAGAGUGACAGUCAAAUUAAUGCCUGAGACUGCUCACAUGGUCUUGAGAACACGCAGAGCAGAAGCAGAGGUGCCUGAGGAAACAUGAAAACGGGAACUGAAUAUCCAGCAUGGAUAUCCAGCAAAUAAUAAAUAUCUAUCAAACUAAAUAUGCAGUAAGGUCAGCCUCAAAAUGGGCAGGGCAACCAAGAUGGGACUGCAGCUUUGCAUUUGCGUGUUUGAAUCCUGCCUAAAUCACGCUUUAUGUGCCCAUAUUUGUAUGGGUCUGGGCCAGGACCACACAGAAGCCAUAAAGCCAGGACCACAGUGGUUAAUUAAAAAGAUUCAGUUUAAGCUGGCUCUUAUGCCACUUCUCACAAGUCCCAUUUUUAGCAGUUAUCUUUGAUGAAGACCAAAGAGGGAGACCUCUGAGACAAAAUGCACUGUAUGUUACAGGCUGGGAGGUGGCAUGCUUAUUGAGCCUGAUUUUGCCAAAACAAGAUUUUUGGCCUUUGUUUUGUAAAAGGAGCAAGAUAAGGAGGAAAGCUGUUUUCUAAGUGGCCGUCUCCUGCGUGCCCUUUCCCUUGCUCUCUUUCUUUCAUAUUCCAUCUGGUGCCAGUGACUUUUUAAAUGCUCUGCAGCCACCUAGAGGAAAAAUAUGCUUGACUGAAGUUAAUUUUAUAUGGGUUAAGCCAUGGAGUGGGCUCUGCAGAGGAUGAGAAUGUGAAUUUCUAAACUAGCCAGCCUGUUUGUUAUUAUAUCACAAGGCCUCCUUUGAAAUAUAUGCAGUGAAUCAUCAACAAAAGCAAAAGAUAACUUCAGUUUAUGUUUGCACUUCAGAAAUAUUUCCUGCUUCAUGUUCUCAUUGUUCUUGUUAUAGAACAUAACAUAUUUUUAUGACAGAUAGCAUAGAAGGGCCACGGUAUAUUUUGUCAUGAGACAGAAGGGGGUGAUCUGUUUUGAAUUGUUUUUUUAAGAAGAUUUAAAACUUGUAUUACUGUAUAUGCCUGUCUCAUGACUAUGGCAAUAUGUUGCUGGUAUGUCUACAUGGUUUAUGUUUCUGUAGAUUCUAUCUAGGACAUGUCAUAGGGCUCCUGGAAAACCUCUGGCUUUUCCUCAGAUGAGGACAGUCACACAGAAUACACUAAGGGGCUCUCUGUCUACUAAAGCAAAAGUUGGUGAACUCAGAUUCAUUUAGUUUAUUCCAUGUUCGUUUGCACAGUAUGAAACAUAAUAGCAAAGCUUAGCUGUUGAUUGAAAGUGCCACAUGGAUGAUGUAAAGCUAGAUAUUAAAACAUGUCUUUUUGAAACGGAAUUGGAAUGACUGCUUUUUCUUCUCUUUAGAUAAGAUAUGACAGUUCAGUCUCCACUUGUGCCUGAAGAACUGAGACUGGGUGGACUCUUCUUUAAAAAGCAAGUCUAGACAUGCAGAGAAAGAUAAAAUUUUAUGUCAAUUACAUAAUGCAAAGGCUCAAAACAGUGAUGGGUUUUCCAUUGUAGCUGUGCCAGAGGACACUGAAAAUUCCAUUACGAUGGAGUGUCUCUGUCAUAAGGCAAAUUCACAUGAGCAGUGUGAAUGCUAAGCUAAGUGUGUGCAUGAAGUGAAUAGAAAUGUAAAAAACCUUUUAGGAAGUGACUUUCUUUCUGAACAUUAAACCCAUAGAGCACCUAGAGUUUUUUUCACCAGAAGGCUUUGCAUGAUAAGCCAUAUCAGGUAGCAUUAGACAUACUGCUACUGUAAUCUUUACCAAUUAUUUGAUGGAUAGUUGCAUCAAAUGGGUGAUAGAUGGGUGACUGUGGAUAUUAGUUAACUGAAAAAAUAAAUGUCUUCAGAAAGCAGGUUCCAUCUUUUGAACCUUCAGUGUCAGGAUCUAGGUGGUACUCCUAAAUUUGCCUCUGUAUCUUUCUUUGGUCCAGACUUCUUAUUAUAAAUGACCUCUUUAUAAUGAGUUUGGAAACGAUGUCUGUUCUCAAGCUGAGUUAUUGUAGUCCUUGUCUUUUCCAGCCAGGUGCACAAACCACAGAUCAUACAACAUACAGGCAGACAUAUCCUUUGUGCAGUAACCUCACCAAAGAGGGUGGAACAAGUUGUAUGUAUACUGCUCAAGCAAGCAAGUAAAAGAGAGUAUUUUUCGAUAGUACAUUUCAGUGUGAUGUUGGGUACCUGUUUAAUAUGGGGUAAGAAACUUGUGCUGUAUGUCCUCUUUAUUCUAAUAAUUCUGUUCUGUACAUUCUGUUUUGAACUAUUUCACUUCAAGCUAAAUGCUAUACAUGAACUCAAAACAACUCAAGUUCUCAUGUGUACAGAUAUUUAUUUUAAAUGCCAGGACUUUAAAGGUUAAAUUCUUCAUGGCCCAGCUCAACUGAAAGAGGAGAGGAGGAGGUGAAAGCUCUCUCCCACAUUCUGAAAGUGAGUGGCAGUGCAAGGGGUCAGCUCUUCCAGGGCUGUGGGUGGCAUUUCCAUCAUCUGCCAGUGUUUCUUGAGCAAAAAUUCACUCUCUCUAAAGGUGGCAAGUCAGCUGCUCAGCUGUACUGUAACUUUCAGCUCUAGGAAAUAUUCUGAGUCAUACCAGAUGCUUCUUGGAGCCUAGCAUGGGACUUCAUUGUCUUUCUCAGUCAUGGUUCAGCUAUUUCCCCACGGAGGGAUUUUAGCCAGCCUUUCCAUUCUGAGGAUGAGAAAGAACAUUUAAAGCCACAGAUGCCUGUAAAUAUCCAAGCACAAGAGACAAGAAGCCUACUUGACACAUUAGUAGGCUAAUUAUCGUGAAGAAAGAGGUAGGGGAGAUUGCUGUGUUAUUUUGUUCUUUAUUUGGUUCUUCCUUAUUACUCCCUUUUAAGUGCCUUUACCACUGCUACUUCAAAUUCAGAGAGAUUGUAAGUAGGUGUCAGGGUAGUGCUGUACUGAGAACAUUCAUUUUAAGCAGUUUUAGAAAAUGUUCCAGAACAUUUCAUUGUUCAUUUUACCAUAUUCUUGGGGGUAUGUUGGUGAAGGCAAUGAAACACAAUUUUGGCACAGAUUGCUCUUUAUAGAAAGGUUAAAAAUACUUUUUGGCUUUAACCAAUGCUUUUGGAGAAUACUUUUAGUAGUACAUAGCAUAGGCUUGGGGUGAUAUUGUGCAGCACAGUACUUCUUUUUUCAGGGGUUUACAUGGACAUUCAUUUAUUCAGUGCCUGGAAAAUACCAUUUUUUGUUACCCUUUGUGAAGAAAGUAUGGGUUUUGACUGCUUUUAAAGGAGAUGGAUAUGCAGAGAAAUGAAAAAUGAAUUGCUGUUUAUUUCUGCUACAUUGGAAAUUACCAACAAUAAUUACCACUUGCAUUUACAGCAUCCUUUUCCUGAGUUGACUGAAGUCUUCUAAAUAACUGCUUUGAAAGUGCCUUGGCAAGGCAGGGAUGAAUGUGGGUAUCUUGUGUGAUUCUGUUUAAUUAUCUCUGAGUGUGAAGUCUAUAUCUGGAGCAGGAACAAUGGCACUCAGAUUUAAAUUAGGACUCUUCAAUGUAUGUGUAGCAUGACUGCUAUGCCCUAGAAAUCUUAGAUCACACACAGCUCUUGCCCUUUGGUGGAGUUGCGUAUUCUAUCAUUUCUUUCCGCUUGGCUCCAUGUGGCAAUAGAGUCCAUGGCUGAGUCAAAAGUCACACAAAAAUUUGGGAUCAGAAUGAAAUUUGAAUGUGUGAGUCAAAUGCCUACUACUGCAAACUCCUCCUCUGCAAUCUGCCAAAAACAGCUGCGAUAUUCUCAGGCAUUAUGGCCAAUGCUCUCUUUAUAGAAAUGAGAUUUCCCCUUGGAAAGCAUAUGCCUGCAGUAGAUUUGCUGUGCACUCAUCAAAGAUGAGCUGUGAGUUUCUUUUCUGAUCCCACAUAUUUUAGGGUUUUUUUGGAGCCAGUUCAGCAGUGUGGGAGUUCUGGUACCAUGGGGGAGUCUCCAGUACAAAUCACAUAUAUGCUGCCUGCCACUUUUACCAGGCACCCUCCCACUUUCCAGAAAAAAGAGUUAGGGCAGUUAUGGUUUAACUUUGUGAUGGAUGACUUUAUCAGAUCCCCAAGGCGAUGUUACCAUUGUUAUGAUGUGUAGGAAAAACAUAGAGGGAGUGCAGAUAUAGUUACCUGGCCUUGGAAGAAAUGAUCCUUGAAAAUGAGUGCCUUUGCUGCAUGAAGCAGUCUGUUCCCCAGGCAAGUGCUUUGAACAAAUACUCAAUAGAUGUAAGGGCUUCUGUGUUUUCAGCAACUUCCAAAACUACCUUCCUCCUAAGAUACUUGCUGCUUUUGCAUCAAUACUAGUAAAUUCUGGCGAAAGAGAGAAUGAUCUCAAGCCUCUGAUCUCAAGCCUCAAAGCCAUAGUCUCCAGCUCUACAUACCUUGCUUCAAUACUUCAGUAAGAUUAAAUAUGCACAUACAGACAAGAGAGAGCUUGUGAUAGCAACAGCAUGAGCCUUUCCAUUAUACAUCAGAAUAUGGCUCAGCUUCUCAUCUUCUAACCUUGUGAAAUGACUUCUCUAUCUGGGACCAUAAGUAAUGGCAACUCAUUGAAACUUUGUAGGGAAACCAAACCAAACAAACUUUCUUAUAACAACAUAAUAACUGGCGUAUGGCAAUUUUCCUAACUAGUGCUAAAUUAGACCAAGCUUUGUGCUAAAACCUUUGAUUUAGCAUACACACUAAGGAGUUACCCUAAGAAGUCUGUCUCAUGGGAUGGUGGGGCUGGAAAUCAGUUCUCCCCUCUAGGUAGAUAACCCUUCAGGCUUUGGAGUUCGCAAGUGUACAGUUUAUCCCAGGUACAAACCCCUUUACCUCCUGAUGCCUCUCUUCACAUACAUAAAACAAAUG